AUGCGGCGGAUCGUUAAACUUUGUGGAAUUGUCGCAAUUAUUUGCACUGCAUGGUUCCUCCUUACUAGCAACGGAUAUAUGCAGUGGAUUGAAACUCAACUUCGGGAUCACGAGCCACUGAACUAUCAGGAGUAUCCCACUGACCGUCAACAGAAGGAUUUAGAUGAGGAAAGUAAUCAACUCGGAGAUUACAAUACAUUGCAUAGGCAAGCACUCAGCAUAGCCCUACACCUAAGCGGCACGCUAAUUGGAAGUGCCUCGAACUGGUCACUCGAGAUGGCGAGUCGUCUGAUUCGGAUGGAUGAAUUAGGUGGACACGCUGAACGCAGGAGACGUAAGCUUGUGCGUCUGGGUGAACGAUUUCAGAAACAGCUAUUCCAACUGCAACAUCCCACUAACUGUUCUGCCGCCAGAUUUGUUGAGACGGGUCUGCCGACGUGUGGCUUCGGUUGUCAAAUCCACCAUAUUGCGCUUGCAAUGCAACUGGCAGUAGCAACUAACAGAACACUGUUUGUGCAUGGCUUCGAUCAAACCUUCCAUGGACUGUUUCUCCCAUUGACAAAUUGUAUUGAAAUUGGAAUAAAUCAAUCAGUAAUUAAACAGGAAUUUGUCAAUAGCGCGCCGGUAACCCCACUAUUUCCUCCCGCACUGCCAGCUGAAUGGGCGAGUCUGCUUCAACCUCUACACGAGUCACCGUAUUUGUGGCUGCGUGGACACAUGAUUAAAUACGCAAUUCGUUUGACAGACGCUACCUUAUCGCAGCAGAUAAACACAACAAUUUCUAGCCUUCGUCAUGAAGGUUAUGGUCAAGUCUACGUCGGCAUCCACAUUCGUCGCACGGAUAAACUCCUUGGUGAAGCCAGUUCGUUCCCCGUCAGUUCUUACAUUGCUCCCGUUGACCAGUAUUACAAAUUAGUUGAUGCGUGUAAUGAAUUGAAAAGAACGCAAAAUGACGCGCGUAGAAGAAACAUAUUCUUAGCAUCUGACGAAUCAACAGUGUAUUCAGAAGCCAGGCAAAAAUAUUCCAUGUAUGCAUUUCAUGAAAAGGGGACAACAUUCCAGACCAACUCAGACGUGAAUUCGCGAGUUACAAAAGAAGGAAUUAAAUCAAUUUGCUUUGAUGUGAUGCUGCUGGCUCACGCCGACUUCCUCGUCUGCACGUUUUCCUCUAAUGUUUGCCGCAUGGCGCAUGCCCUGAAACAGGCACUGAAUGAUCACUACGGCGACCGUACACAGCAAACCGUUUCUGUAGACAUGAGUUAUUACAUCAUUGGCUCUCAAGAAAGCAUAUGGAAAGUGUGGCUGGAUUAUUCACCACAGGCAAAACGCGGCGAUCUCGUCACGGUGUACAAAUACUCAAGAUUUGCCUCUGCGCAGAUAAAUGGUACGACGUGGGUACCAUUUUUUAUCCUGCAAGAACAGCUUAUCCUACUUCCACCCUAA